AUGGUCAUGUUUUGUAAUGUAAUAUUCGAUAUAUAGGCGUGGUGUGACCCGAACCAGUUGAUAUGUCGCCAUGUUUCUGCAUCUUUUGGUCUUCGGGAUGUUAAAGGGAAUCCUGACGGAGCGGAGCUAAUGUUGCUAAUGCUAGCUGCUAAUGCUAGCUGCACAGGAUGACUAAACUGGAACGUCUGAAUGCCCGUGUGGCCAAACUGCUGACUGAAGCUGUGCAGGAGGUUCUGGACCUGGUGAAAGAGACGGUGUGCGAGUACCAACAAAGAACCUUCAGAACACAGAGAGAAAACGAAAGUCUGAAAAGACAACUGCUGGAGCUGCAGGUCAGACUAACCAAAGAAAACACAGCUGUUCCUUCUUCGACUAAGCCAUUUCCUGAGAAAACGGAUCGUGUGGACAAGUCAAAACAGGAUUUGAGCUUCUUUCAGAAUCAUCCAGAUGUAACUUCCACAGAGCCAACUCUGAUCAACGCCACUGAUCUCGGCGUGAAGCAGGAGCAACGCGUCGAUCACGAAUCAGGAGCUGAGCUCUGCAGAGCAACAAGUGAGGAAGUCCAGGCGAUGCGCUGUGCGACCGGGGAAUUGGACGCUGCGUCGUCCAACAUGUGCAACUCUUACACUGGCGGGAUCCAGCUUCCUGCCAUCAAAAUGGAAACGGAGCAGCAGCAGCCGGCUGGAUGUGUCGACUUGAGCUGCAGCUCUUCAAAAGACCCCGGUCCACAAGCCGGCGCAGAACGAAACGGACUUGUCUUCGUCGAUUCAAAUCUUGCCCCUGAUGUGAGACAGGGCUUUGUCAACGGCAGACAGAUCAGUUUGGAUCACGUCGGCAGAAGCGGCCUCCACCUCUGUGUCGUGUGUGGAAAAACGUUCAGCCGGGUGGCCAACCUGAGGAUCCACCAGCGGUGCCACACAGGGGAGAAACCGUACGGCUGCUUACAGUGUGGGAGGCGCUUCAGCCAGACGGGAGACCUGAAGAAACACAAGAGGGUCCACACAGGGGAGAAACCCUACUACUGCAGCCAAUGUGGGAAGAGCUUCAGCCGAGGAGAGAACUUGAAGAGACACCAACGAAUUCACAUUGGAGAAACUCUGCAGCUGCAGCGAGCGUGGACAGAGCUGCAGUAAAUGGACUCGGCUCACUUUCUGCAUCUGAUCUUACAGGUUUUACCAUAGCCAAGAUUUGUUUGGCUGCGUUCCUACAGCAGGCAAAUGCGACCCAAAUUUGAUUCUUUUUAUCUUAUAUCCACAGCCGACCUACAUCCAGUUUUUUCACUGCAGUCAGAACGGCCAGUUCGGACCUUUUCACCCAAAAAAAUAUUCUAUCUGUGCCAUUUCCACAUGUGGAACUAAUUUGGUUAUUCGAUUGUUAAAAAUCAUGGCAGCGACAAAUGAAAACAGGAAUAUGGCAUAUAUUCAUAAUUCAGCAAUAGCUCCAGCACUCAUCCAAUCAGAGGAAACGAUGGCGUCUCAUUCAGGCGUUGGAGUGACAAGAAGUGUAUACUUGGGAGCGGCUUCGUCUGUGGCGUUUUGGGGAAAUGGUUUCAACGAUUUCACAAAAGAACUAUGGAUUCAACACAGUAGAAUGACGCAACUUUUUUAUAAACUGAAAUAAAAAAACAACCAAUCCUCCAAAAGUCUGAUUACGGUCGGGUUUAGUCUGUAGUUUGAAGGACAACACACAAAGUAAAAAUAAAAAAUUAACUCCGAGACCUGCUGUGUGAGUGUAGCUUUAGUGUUUUAUGAAACAUGUCCCACCAUCUUGUGACUCAAGUCUAUCAAAUGCCUUCCUUUUUCACAUAUUCACGUCUGUGAUGAUGCUUUGGGUAAGAAUUGCUGCAUGUGAGAUGAUUAAUCGGUGGAGUCUACGCAUUCAAGUAAAAAAGGUAAUGUGCUGAAGCAAGAACAUUCACAGCAGUAAUUAAGACAAAACUGAACAAAAAAUGAUAUGUUUUGCAUGUAAGAUGGUAAAAAGAAAAAAAAACAUGCUCUACUGUCAAGUAGCAUAGUUUAAGCUUGAGCCAAUUCAAAUUCUGGGAAAACAUCUAUCAACCUUUUGCAAUCCAGUUAUUAAUCAGUUAAUUGAAAAACACAAGCAACAGAUUAAACUUGCUCUGUAUUGUUAAAGCAAAAAGGGCUUUUUAUAUCUUUUUGCUUCAGAUGCAUCCUGAGCUACAAAUGACCAAUGUUUGCCUAAAAACAUUGUAUUUUAGGCAAUAAAAUGUUUAUUUUCUCAUUCUAAAAUGAAUUGGGUUGUUUAUUUGCAUUUUUUUAAUCUAUUUCUAAUAUUGCAUAAAACCAGUUUUAGUGUUUAAAUGAAAAAUUUGCAGAAUGUGACAUUUAUGCUAAAACAGCCCUGCAGUGAACACAGUUUGAGUUUUAAUGAACUCCAGAUUAGUGCAUGAUAAAGGAAAAGUUAUUCUCAGUUCAUCUUUUUAAACUUGUGAUCUCAGUUCAUAUCCAGUAAAUCUGCUUCACCAAUCAUCAUAUUUAAGCUGAUAAUUGUUGUUUACAUGGUGGAAAAUAUUUUUGUGUAACUGUAAGGCAUGCAGCGGCGCCUGUUACUGGUUGACUCCAUCGUCCUGCAGCUUAAAAAGUUCAAACAUUUAUUUUUGAAACGCAUAAAAUGGCUGAGUUAAUUAUUUUUAACCAGUUAAAUAUUUAACAUCCUUGUUAUCAUUUAUUACAAACUUGUUGAAGUAUCUGAUGCUUUUUUUUCCUCAGUUUUAUCAGUGGUUGGUUUUCACAAAGUAAUUUAUGAUUUAAAGUGCAAACAUUACACAACUAAAUGUCUUGAUUUAAUUUCAAUUAACCAAUAAAGAUGGUUACAAAUAAUUACUGUGAGCUACUUUUUGUUU